UCCUAUUUUGACAGCGUAACCGGCUUUUUUAAUUUUUAUUGAAUGUUCUCAAAUCAAGGACGAUUUACAUUACAUUCAUAACUUGGCACUGCAUUCGUCUCCCAGAAUCUAAAUAUCUGAUUGAUGAUGAAACGAUUUACACAGAGAAGAAUCUGUUAGAUUAACGUGAAAGAACUUUCUGCUGAAUAAUAAAUGAUCCGGCCGCAACAGAGAAUUUGAUAUCAAUUUUUUGCAAUGCGACUUUUUAUUAUAGCAGGUUUUAUCGUAUAUCGCUUGAAUCAGCAUACCUGUUGGUUUUCAUUUAAAUUUUUAAUUCACUUAUACACUGUUUUAAGGGGGGCAAUCGUUUCCUCCAUAUAAUAUCUAUCUUUUUUUUCGCGAAUUCUCUGCAGCAAAAUGCAGUCUAUAUUUAUAACAAUUUAAUAUCAAACUUCAGAUCGUUCCUUAUAUGCUGGCUGUUACCUGUUAUGAUAUCGUAUGAAUUCUUUCAAAUUAUAUUUAAACUUGUCAUGAAGUUCUUUGCCUUUAAUGACUAAAGUAACAAUUUUGAUCUUCACAAUUUUACAAUUUUAAUUUUUUUUUCAUUGACAACGAUUUCUUGAGCAUUUUUGAGAAAGUAAUAAAAUUUUGAAUUUUUUUGAGAAUCAUACUGGUGUUAUUCAAAAUGCAUGCUGGUAGCAUCUGGCAUCCAGUUUUCAACCAUCCAUUCAUAUAAACCAGGGGUGCUCAUAAAGGUGGUAAUGGGGCAAUGAUUCUAACCCCCGAAGUAGGGUUAGAAUGAUUUGUAAUGCCAAUGAAAAUAUAUUAUGUAAGAAAAAUAUUAUUCAGACCAAGUUUACAACUAGUCAUUACCCGGAUAUCAAUGUAUUACACAACCCCCUGUCAUUUUUCAAGCAGUUUGUUGACUAGCAAUUUUAGUAUCCUAGGUUCAGCUAGGAAACCUUAAGGACACAUAAUGCAAAAUAAAGAUGUAAAUUUAACAACAAAAUAUAGCAAUUCAGUGCUAGCAAUGAAUGGCAACAGAAUAACAGACAGUGAUUCUGCAAGUAUAACUGAGAAUUCAAAUGACAUCCAAACUGAUCGAUCAGUAUUUUCCACACCAAGAGUUUUUGGCAAACAGAAAGGAAGUGGUAUCUCUGUUUAUUUGCCAACUUCAGCAACAGAUUUCCUGCUAAGGGUCAAUUCACUGAUUGAAGAUGAAGAAGAAAGAAGCAAAUUGUUUGAUGCUCUCAGAAAUUACCUCGAGUCAAGGAAGGUAAAGAAAUUGGUUAGAGACUUGAAGCUUGUUCUUGAUAAUUCCAAAAAGUAUCCGCUUUUCAAGGAAAUUAGAGCGUUUAUUCCUCCAGAGCAUCUUUUUGCAUUUGAUAAGCUUACUGAAGGGGCAAGAACUGGGGAAAGAAUCAUACACUUGAAACGGCAUGGAAAUGAAUCACUUGGCUUCAAAUUCAAAGGAGGCUUGGAGCAUGGAAUUGGCAUUUAUGUGACCUCAAUAAUCCCAGGCUCAGCUGCACAUGUGUCUGGGCUAAGGAUUGGGGAUGAGAUUUUGAAAGUUAAUGGAUUUGUAUUGCAUGAAUCAAUCCAUGAUGAAGUUGUCAAUGUGCUUAAAAGCAAGAAGUCUCUGACUUUUGUCACUAAAAAUAUGGGCAAAAUUCCUAACAAAGUGAACAAUCGAAUUGUCUGGCAGGAAGUCGAUCCAAACAUGAAAAUUUCUCCAUCAAUUUUAGUGGAUCCGAAAUUCAGACCAUUUUCUGUAGAUGAUAAUACCGAGGUUCCAAGAAACGAUGAUAGAUUCCUCGCAUUUAAGAUAGGAAGAGAAGGACUUGGAUGCAGCAUUCUUAGUGGCAUCGAGAAUUUCGAAGGCGUUUUUGUGUCAGCAGUUUCGCCAAACAUGCUUGCCGACCAAGUCGGACUCAAGGUUGGAGAUCAGAUCCUUCAAGUGAAUGGAAGAAUUUUCGAUAAAAUAAAGCAUUCUGAGGCAGUGGAUGCGCUGAAGUCAAAAAAAGAUCUAACUAUGAUUGUGCGACAUAACGAGAAUGUUGCAGAGUAUCUGAGACGUAAAGCUAAGCAAAAAUCAGAAGCUCUUCAUCCCAUUCUUGUGACCGAAGGAGUUUCUCGAGAAAUCAAGAAGAAAACAAGUUUUGGCGAAGAGCCAUUGGUUGAAUACAUUGAGAGACGAGAAGAAGACGAGGUAUCAGAUGACGAAGAAGAGGAUUUGCAUGGUGCCUCUUCUGAGCCAGGAAAGGGUAAUUUUCAGUAUGAUGAGAGUAUCACUCAAGGCAAAGAUGUCCAUUUUGUUGCUAUUUUAAAGACUGCGCCAUUGAUGCUCGACCUCGAAGUGAAGAAUGAUCUGGUUGUUGUCCGAAACACCUUAAAAGGAGGUUGUGCGGCAGAACAUGGUUUUCUCAAAAGAGGAGACAUUAUUCUGAAUGUUGAAGGAACAGAUUUGAUUGGCUGUGACCCAGUUGAGGCCCAAGAAGCGAUUUCAGAGGCAAUGGGUCGGCUUUCACAACAUAUCGAUAUGGUAGUCGCUUGUCCUCCUGGAAGAAAAGCACCAUUGCCACAAGACAUUGCUAAUACGAGUCUGAUGAGGGAUAACCAGUCCAUUACCAACACUAGUAAGGAUAGCGCUGAUAAAGAGACAGAGGAAACCGCAGAAGAGAAAUCAGCAGUAGCCAGAGCCAUUGCGCAGUUUGAAUCCAAGUCUCCUAAAAGAACUGCCUUCCUUCUUCGAAGGGACAGCCUCGAGAAAGUAAGCAACAGUUUGCGGUUAUACAAAGAGAAGAAGAGGGCGCCGGUGGCAAGGUCGACUGCACCAGCUGCCAACGCCAACUGGGCUUCAGGGUCCCGACAAGUUGAAGCCCGCAGUUUCGAAAGACAGCAGUCAUCUAGUUCAGGUGAUAUGGCCUACUCAUUGGAUCAGUCACAAUCGCCAUCAAUGUCAAAGAGACCGGCUUUUUCAAUGAACGAUCCGAAGCCGGUAACUUUUGCGAAUGGGAACCGAACCGGCGGAUUUGAUGCUGUUGUUAGGGAACCGAAAGAGAAAUGGACAUCAGCUGUACGCAAAGUGAGCGAUUCCUUCAAGGAAGCAAAAUCGGCUAGCAAUGAAUAUUCUCAUCAGGCUCCUGCACAGAGUCCACCUAUGGCUGGCAACAGCGUCAAGAAUCCUUCACCAAAGAGCUUGAAAAACUUUGAUCAUACUAGCCUCGAUUCUAAUGCAACACGAAGAAACAGCGGCGGCGUCACAUCUCAGCCUCCCAAUGAAUCUAUGCUAAAGAGCAAUGACGUAAAACAAAGAGAACCUGUCAUGCGGACGCAAGUGGCUAACAAACCUUCCCCUUUAAGUUCCCGUGUCACCUAUUCUGCCGAAAUAAUCAAGCAAAAAGGCCUUGAUAGUGUCCCAUUGUCUGAUACGCAGAUCCAGGUUCGAGCGCAGGUGCAUUCGCCACCACCGAUGUCUAAUGACGAUAUUCUAAAGACCUGGGCACCAACAUCACCGGCACGUGGUCAUUCGGCCUCCAGUGAGAACCUAUCACCAAAGAGAUCUGUUGCUUUUGAUGAGGAAGUUAUAGAGAUCAUCCACGGCCAGUCUCAACUUUCACCAACAUCGAGGAGUCUCAGUCUAGAUGAGUUGAACGAACGCGUUGAAAAGAGAGAUCGCAAUGGCUCACGGGAAAAGGAAGCGAGACAGGAGCGUAAGAAGUCCGUCGGGUUUAGAGAUACUGUGGAGCGUAUUGAGCCGAUCGAGAGCCUUUCAUACAAAAGUUUGGAUGACAUAUCCAUGAUUGGAAAGAAUGGUUGGGAUGAAAGAAUAAAAAAGUAUGCAAGAAAGGAGAAAGAACAGCACAACCUGCAGCCAAAGAAAAGUGCCUUGCGAAACAGCCCAAGCCCACGGCUUUCUCAUGAUGUUGUCUCGCCCAAUGGCUCUCACGAGAGUGGCUCUCAUGGAAGUGACUAUUAUGAUAACGGCCAUCAAGACAGUGGCCGUCACCCUCCUGAAAGGCGCCCGUCAGCCACUGUACCCCUUGGAUCCAAACACAGCUCCGCUCAUCGCAGCGAUUCUUCAAAGAAAGAGCGUCGGCUUCUGCCCAGUAAUAGCUUGGAUGACGACCCAUCUUUCAACGAGGAAAUUGACAGGUUAGCGCAUUCGCUAGAUCCAUCUAUCGUUAUUCCAGUGCCUGACUACGACGGAGCUUCAGAGACGGCCACACCGCUUCCUUCUGCAUCACAUAAGCGUUCAAAACCGCAUGCCCCACCACCUCCAGUAGCUCCAGCUGUUAAGCCAAAGAAAAGUAACCAGCAGUUAGGCCUAACAAACAGGCUUUUGUCAAAUGCCAAGGAGAGGUUGAAACGGGUUGGAUUUAAGAGAACGUCCCAGAGUGCCAACUCAAAUAAGACCUCAGAGGCAGUUGAUAAACCGAGCAACGUAAGUAAAGCAUCAAGUUCAAUUCCGCCACAACCGCCGCCCCCACCACCACCACCGCCGCCGCCUCCUCCUUUAGAUCCUCAAGGAUCCACACCUUCUCCAAGAGAUUCCAAUUUGCCGCCGAUCGUUCCAAUGCAAUAUGCACUUAUAAAUAAUAGUCCCAGUCCUCCCCCAGGCAAUGCGUCGCUGUCACAGUUAAUUUUGAAUUCACCGGUGCGUAAAGCUGCAGCUUCCAGAAACUACGAAGAUCUUGAGCGAAGAAGGGGCUCGCAGCCUCGAUCAGACGAUUCUCUGAAAACUGAUUCUUUAAGCAUGAGGCCAGCUAUUGCAUCAGAAGUGACUGAAGAUGUGAAGGUGGCUUCUGUUGUUGACAGUAAAGAUAGCAACCCUCGACAAAAGCCACACAGGGGGGCGAAAUAUGUGGAUAUGACAGAUGUUCUCAGUGAAUUGAAAGGGAAAGUGAGAAACAAGGAGGCGAAAGCAAGGCCCAUCAGCAUCCAUUCAGACCGCCCGACCAAUCAUGCAACGUCAUACUCAAAUAGACAAGAAAAUCGAAUGCAGAACGAGUCAGAACCAGCAGCUAGGGAACUUGAUGCUUCAAGUUUUAAGUGGCCUUCCUUAGAAGCUAGUCCCUCUAAACCGUCGCACGAUUCGAGGGAGAGUCGCAUCUUACGAAGACAAGCGCAAAGUGUGGCGGACGUGGAUACGGAGCAGCUUGACGUCGCCAUGGGUGGUCUGAUGACGCCAAGGAGUGCACGGUCGGAUAAAACCUUUAAUGGGAAAGAUGGUGCGGUUCUUGAAAUGGAAGGGACACUGAAGGAGUUUGACGAAGUGAUAAGAUCUUUGGACACAGAGUUGUGAAUCAAAUGACGAAAGUGCUAAACUGAUAACGUAGAAUCGAGAAGAAGAGCUAGCAGUGACUUGAGCUUGAAAUGUAAUAUUUUAGCUUAAGAAACCGUGCUACUCUAUGCAAGACUUGACAAGAAUGUCUGUAAAGCAGUUUUUAUUCUCUAUUUAUACAUGUCUUUGUUUUAUUUUUUGUUGUAUAUAUGAUCAGUAUGUUUAGUAGAUUUUUAAUAAGUUAAAAUAGCUUUAGAGUCAUUUGGUAAACUUUUAGCCUAUGUAGAUGUAUUUAUAGAAAUUUGAUAGCCACUCGAGAUACAUCAGUAAGAAUCCGGAAUGGAGUUAUUCCAUUACCGGUAUAAAGACAACAUAUAUAUCUUAAACUCGGACUCAAGCAGCCAUAACCGGUUCAGAGCUCUCUCUUUCUCCCUCUUGUCACUCCUUCCCUCCCUCUACCCUCUUUUCUUCCGACCUCUCUUGUCUCCCUUGUGUGUGCCCCUUGCCUCUCUUAUCUUUCUUGUCUCUUUAUCUUCCCUGUCUUCCCGUUUCUCCUUUCCGUUGUUUCUCUAUCUCACAUUUCUUCCUGCUUCCGUUCUCUCCCUACUUCUCCCCUCUCUCUCCCUAUUUAUAGAUAACUUAUUUAUGCAAUAGUUAUGCUAUCUUUGAUAGAUAGGUCACAUUGAGGUAUUGUUUUGUACAAUAGAAGCACUCAGAAAAUUGUCCGUGUUUCUUUAUUUGUUUACUUUCGUUGAAUUUCAGAGAUGCUUUAAAAGAGGCUGUAUCAAUGAUUUUUAAGGUUUUCCGGGUCAGAUUAGGUGAUUAUAGAGAUUCUUCUCUAGGAGUAAAAUAGCCAAGCCACUUUGGUUGAUAAUUGAUACAUUAAUCUCAAAUAUUAUACUAGCAACAGAAAACAAAGCUGCUUUGUGCAAAAACCCUUGAAAAAAUAUGGAAAGGCAUUUCUCAAAAUUUGACAAGCGUCUUCGACUGAAAACACAGUUUUCAAAGAGUUUUGAAGGUUGAUCGGGGUGGAAUCAAAGAUG